GCGGUACAGUACGGAUGGUUCAAAAAUAUCCCUUGGCGGCAGCUGCAGAAAUUCAAAAUGGCUAUUGAAUAGAAAUAUAGAUUAAAUUAAGUUAAUUGUAACAAUUCUCAACAAAAUGUCUCAGUCAAUAGUGCAAGCAGAAGUUUCGAAUUUGUUCUCCACAUUAAAGCGUAAAAGACAAAACGAAGAACACAUAGAACCAUCUGCCGAGGUGAACGCUUGCUUUACAAAUUCAGCUUUUAGCUCUACGCCAAAGAAAAUUAUAGCACGUAGGCGUACACCAAUAGUAGCAAAAAGUGAUGUUAUGCAAAAUGCCUGCAUGGAAGUAAAAUCCAUAUCAGAAAUUGCAAAAAGUACGCUGGAAAAGAAAAUCAUAACUGAUGCACAAGUACAAAAUCCAUAUGAAGUACAACGUAAACCGCCGAAGAAGAAAAAGCGUGAGACAGAAAUUAUUGAAGCAUGCUUCGAAAAUCCUGCACUUAAUUUAGAAGUGCCAGAAAAGCAAUUCAAUCCUUAUGAGGUUCUACGAGACGUGCCCACAAAAGUAAAUAAAUCCAAUUGCUUUGUAAACGCUGCUUUAAAUCUACGCAUAGAGGAUAUGUCAACUACACGGAAUCCGUUUGAAAUCCAACGUUAUCCCAAUGUUCCGGAAACAAGCGAGGAAGCUGGUGUUGAAAACCCUGGCUUGGAAGACGCACAAGCAACGUCUACUGAAUUGAAGAUAUCAUUACCAUUUAAGCCUACAUUGGGUUGUCGAAUAGACUUUUCUAAUAUACCCAUAGAGCAGUUAACGCCAGGCAAGCUACUAGCCGAAAAGCUGAUAUUCUCACCAGUGUUACAGCAGCCAAAGCGUUCUCUGGAUUCCGCAAGUGAGGAUAGCAGCAUGGAUAUCGGUAAAGAGCUGGAUCGUUAUCAAUUGGAGUUAGAAAAUAGUAUCAAUGAGGCGAAAAUGCGCAAAGCAAUUGAGCCAUGGUUGGAAACAAAAAGUACUGAAUUAAUUAAAUUAAACAUAAACGUAGAACAAAAAAUUACCUUUAAUCAACGCCUGGAAGAAAUAGCAGAGGAAGAUGAAGAAAAAGAAAAUGAAGACACCCCGGAGCUGCUGCUGGAAACAAGUACCGUAAAUGAAUGCACGAAGGUAUCGUGCAUUACGUUAACUGGUAAAUUACCAGUACAAAGAGUUGAGAGCGAGUUAAACAAAGUAGAGGAAAUCAAGCAUGAAGAUGUCGCUUAUGCCUCCGAUUCUGAAGAGGAGGAUGUUGAUUUUAAGACGCCAGCGCCAUUUGUUCGCGCUUACCACCGCCCCGUGGCGUCACAUUUCACGGCUGGUAGUAAAGAAUCUCUACACUCUAAUAGUUCAAAUGAUUCGAAUUCGGAUAAUAAAAAGUCAUCCAGUGUACGUAAUAUAAUACGUAAAUCUCUACGAAAACUCAUGCAUCCCCAUAAAGAAGAUGAUACUUCGGAUAAGGAGACGCAUUUGUUGGGAAAUGAUGCAGAAGUUAAAAAGAACCAGUAUCAUAGUGCGUAUAAAAUCAUACGCAAUAGCUUACGGCGCAAAACGCCCAAAACGACACAACUAGAGGAGUCGACAACAAAAGCGGAGAUCUCAAUAAUUGAUACCACUGAGCGUACAAUGAAACUCAGAGCAGAGUUAUUGCCGAACGAAGGAAUGGAACGAAAGCACACAUUACGUAACAGCUUAAGACGAUCGACACGUGAAAUAGGUCAACAUUUGAUGAAAACAGUUUUUCACAAAAAUCAAGAAGCCUACGAACUAGGCAAAUGAUUUCGGACAAUUGAUUUAUUUAUAUUUUUAAUAUGCUACUAUAUUUCUAAAUAUAUUUAUUAGAAAAAAAACGACGUUUAGCACCCAAAGAUAAUACCUAUAGUUAUUUAUGAAUUAUUAUUGUUUAGUAUUUUUAUUUAUGUUGCACUUUUGAUAUUUUUGAAACGUACAUACAUAUACAUAUGUUAUGUAUGUGUAUUAUGUUA